AUGUUCCUCUUCAGCUCUAGCCUCGUUCUGGUUGCGGUAUCGCUCAUCACACCUUCAUCUGGGCAAAACGUCUGCGAGAAUUACGGCGAGUCGCCUGGCUCUGCAUGUACCUGUCCCCCAGGCUUCGGUGGCUCGACAUGUUCCUCUCCGGCAUGUGGCGGAAACAUAUUUCAAGGAACAAAUCGUAGCAUCAUCUCCGACGCGUCGGCGACGGCUUUCGGAAAUCUAACGUCUUCAGCAUGUUCGUGUGAAGACGGAUGGACGGGCACGGGAUGCAAUGUAUGCAAGAGCACGACGAGCUGUCAGAAUGCGUACACCGCCGUGAACGGGACGUCUUCUUCAAGCUCAGGCGUGGAUGGUUUAGAUGGCUCGUCAUCAGUGUUGAAUAGCACAUUGACGUGCAACAGCGAGCCACAGAUAUGGGCUGCUGGCGAGAUGAGCUGUCAGGUCGUGAACCCAACUCUCCAAGCUAUCUACCCACUCGAUUCCACACUCACCAUCCUCCGCACACUCAACGCCUCCCUUACACCAUCCCAAGGCCUCACCUCGUUUGGCUCUUCGGGAUCCAUCUACGCCCAGCUCUGGUACUCUGGAAUCGAGCAAUUCUACUGUACCGCAUCUUCAUGCACACAGACCUCUCCCUCCGGUAACGGAUCCUCCACUUGGUCAUGUCAUGACCUAUCAUGCACUUGUCGUCCCAACACCACCUUCUGCGGUGGCGCUCCCGUUAGUAACCUCACCGACACGAUCGACGGAUUGAGCGACGACCUGACCAUAGGCUGUGGAGAAUUGGCGGGCAAUGGAACCGCGACGUGUUCAUUCCAACAAAGCGUACUGACGAGUUUGUUCGGGAGUGGAGGAUUAUCUUUGAGCGAUUGUGUUUUCGGGGAGUGUGUGGCCCAGGGUGUCGUCGAUAGCGCCGAAGGAAACACGCCGAGUGGCGAUACGAGUGGCGGCGGUACUCAACUGAGUUCGGGGGUUAUCGCGGGGUUGGCGGUCGUAGGAGGAUUGGUAGGACUGGUUUUGUUGGGAUUGGUGGUAGGAUUAUGGAAUCAGAGGAAAUCGAGGAGGGCUGGUGAGAAGGGAAUGAGUACGGGACGGGGUUAUGGGGGGGUUGCGGUUGAGUGGAAGGAUUUAAGAUAUGUGGUUCCUGGAAAUGGUGGUAAGAGUUGGUAUUGGAGAGGAAGGAAUACGGUUCAUGACAAGGUCGUUUUGGAUGGGGUGAGCGGUAAAGUUGCGCCUGGACAGAUGAUGGGGAUUUUGGGACCUAGUGGUGCCGGCAAGACCACGCUCGUUGAGAUUCUUUCCGAGAAACAUAAAUCCGGCAUAAUCACUGGCUCCGUCCUCUUUCCCUCUUCACACUCAACCUCCACAUCCCAUCCUCCCCGAAUAGGUUUCGUCCCCCAACAAGACAUCCUCCCCGCAACCCUCACGGUCCUCGAAGCUCUGCUCUUCGCCGCCCGUCUCCGUCUUCCUGAACAUAUCUCUGAUGCUGAAAAGAAAUACCGCGUGGAGGACGUGAUCGAGCAGCUCGGACUAACGAAUUUGAGGGAUGUGAGAAUCGGAGGGACGAGUGGAGAAGGCAGGGGGAUCAGUGGGGGUGAAAUGAGGAGGGUUAGUAUCGGAUUGGAGUUGGUGGGUAGUCCUGAUGUAUUGAUUUUGGACGAACCGACUUCAGGUUUGGACUCAGUUUCUGCGUCGAAGGUGGCGAGUGUCCUUCGCGCUGUGGCCCACGAUCCCGAAAACCCAACGGCCGUCAUCGCCUCCAUCCAUCAGCCGAGCUCACAACUCUAUCAAACUUUCGACAAAAUACUCCUCCUGUCCCAAGGUCAAGCCCUCUACAACGGCCCUGGCUCUUUCGCACCCGCUCAACAUUUCAUGGCGCGGGGGCUCCCGUACCAGGAGGGUUAUAACGUCGCGGAUUAUUUACUCGAGAUCGCUAGUGAUGGUGAUUUGAGUCUGUCUUCUGAGCUGGUAAGAUGUCCGAGUCGGGAUAAAAGUGGGAAGGAACGAUCAGGAGGCGGAUCGGGAGACGUGGAAAAGGGGAAUGGAGGGUCGUUAGUCUCGGGAGAAGGAUACGCGACGACGUUCUUGACGCAGUUCGAGAUGCUGGCGGGAAGGGAGUGGAAGAUCCUGAGGAGGGAUAAAACACUAUUUUUUGCUCAUGUCGGGAUUUCGUGCGUCCUUGGGGUAUUCUGUGGCGGCCUGUACUUCGACACAGGGCUGACGAUAGCUGGUUUCCAGUCCCGAGUUGGGUGUUUGUUUUUCUUGGGUGCAUUGAUAGCCUUCUCGUCCCUCAGCGCGUUAUACAAUGUCGUCGAAAUCCGACCACUGUUCCUGCGCGAGCGGUCGAGUGGUUAUUACAGCCCAACCGCAUGGCUCUUCUCUCGCUUCGUCUUCGAUGUCAUCCCGCUUCGAAUCAUCCCAACCAUUUUGGUAUCGACUAUAACGUAUUGGAUGGCGGGUCUCGCGCCACAUGCGGCUAAUUUCUUCAAGUUCCUGUUCAUACUUGUGCUGUAUACGCUGGCGAUGACGCUCCUCAACUUCCUCCUCGCCACCCUCCUCCGCAACGGCGGCCUCGCCAUCCUUAUCUCUGCACUCUCCGCACUCUAUCAAAUGACCUACUCCGGCUUCUUCGUCCACCUUUCCUCCAUACCUCCCGUCUUGCGCUGGUUGCAGUGGCUCUGUCCGCUGAACUAUGCCUUGGAGGCGUUGAGCGUGAAUGAGGUGGGCGGCGGGUUGAUGAUCCAGGAUGUAUUGGAGGGGGUGCCUGUGGAUGUGAGCGCAGAGGUGAUUAUGGAGCUGCUCUUCGGGUUCGGAACGAACAAUUACUAUAGGGAUGUUCUCGUGCUCUUCGCCUUCAUCGCCGGCUUCGCGGUGCUCGUAGUGGGGGUCGUAUGGAUCAGGGUGCGGGAGAUGCGGUGAUUCGGAUCGCUCACGGAGCGGCUAUGGUCCGUUUGGUUUCUUCGAUAUCGAUAUGAAUGCGAGGUUUUGUAUGUAUGGUAACGCAUGGUGUAGC